GUGUGAGCAAUCCUCAUUGUCCACAACCUUUAAAAACGGGCGUCGGCACCCCAUCGAACACUCGACAACUCGACAGGAUGCCUCGCUCAGAAUCCCCCAGGCGGUCGCCGUCGCCGGACCGCGCGGCAAGCAGGAGUCCUUCGCCUGACGAGGCUCCUGUUUCCAAGCGCAAGAGGUCUCCUUCUGCCUCUCCCCGCGCGAGGUCGCCGUCCCCGCCGGCACAGCGCCGCCGCCCGCGCUCGCCGAGCGCCGGCCCCGAACCAGUGAUCGACGUCCCGCGUGUGCACGAUGUCGACCCGGUGCGCAAGCGGCAGCGCGAGGCCGCGAUGCUCGAGUCGCAGAUCAAUGCCGAGCUCAAGGGUGGCGCUGCGAACGGCAACGGCGAUGCCGGUACGGUGGCGACGACGACGGACGCCCGCGCCGAGUUUGCCAAGCUGCUCGGGUCGCGUUCUGGCGGCGCGUACAUCCCACCUGCGCGCCUGCGCGCCAUGCAGGCUGAGGCGAGCAAGGACAAGAGCGGCCCAGAGUACCAGCGUCUGAGUUGGGAUGCGCUCCGCAAGAGCAUCAACGGUCUGAUCAACAAGGUCAACGUGUCCAACAUCAAGCAUGUUAUUCCCGAGCUCUUUGGCGAGAACCUCAUCCGCGGCAAGGGCCUUUUCGCGCGCUCCAUCAUGCGUGCCCAGGCGUCAUCGCUGCCCUUCACACCCAUCUUUGCGGCUCUUGUUGCUAUUGUCAACACCAAGCUUCCCCAGGUCGGCGAGCUGGUCCUCACACGGUUGAUUGCCCAGUUCCGUCGUGCCUACAAGCGUAACGACAAGACUGUUUGCAACGCGACUUCGACGUUCAUCGCCCACCUCGUCAACCAGUAUGUGGCACACGAGAUUGUGGCCCUUCAGAUUCUUCUGUUGUGUCUGGAGCGCCCUACGGACGACUCUAUCGAGGUCGCUGUCGGCUUCAUGCGCGAGGUUGGGUUCUUCCUCCAGGAGAACAGCCCCCGCGCCAACACCAUGAUCUUUGAGCGUUUCCGUGCUGUGCUUCACGAGGGUGCCAUCUCGAAGCGUUGCCAGUACAUGAUCGAAGUCCUGUUCCAGGUCCGCAAGGACAAGUACAAGGACAACCCAUCGAUUCCCGAGGGCCUGGAUCUUGUGGAGGAGGAGGAGCAGAUUACGCAUCGACUGAGUCUCGACGAUGAGCUCAAGGUGCAAGAGGGUUUGAAUCUGUUCAAGGUUGACCCCAACUUUUUGGAGAACGAGGAGCGUUACCAGGAGAUCAAGAAGGAGAUUCUCGGUGACUCGGAUGACGAGGACGAGUCGGGCAGUGGCAGCGACUACUCUGACGACGAGAGCGAAGCGGACGUCGCCCCCGACAAGGAGGGCAUUACCGACAUGACCGAGACCAACCUGAUGAACCUGAGGCGAACGAUCUACCUCACGAUCAUGAACUCGCUCAACUUUGAGGAAGCUGUGCACAAGCUCCUCAAAGUCAACAUCCCCGAGGGCAACGAGAUCGAGCUGUGCAACAUGAUUGUUGAGUGUUGCUCGCAGGAGCGCUCGUACUCCAACUUCUACGGCCUCAUCGGCGAGCGUUUCUGCAAGUUGAAUCGACUUUGGACCGAGAACUUCCAGGAGGCAUUCCAGAAGUACUACGAGACGAUCCACCGCUACGAGACCAACAAGCUGCGCAACAUUGGCCGUUUCUUCGGACACCUGCUCGCCUCGGACGCCAUCUCGUGGGCCGUCCUUCACGUCGUCCACAUGAACGAGGAGGAGACGACAUCGUCGUCGCGUAUCUUUGUCAAGAUCUUCCUUCAAGAAAUGAAGGAGGAGAUGGGCAUGAAGAAGAUGGUCGAGCGCUUCAAGAUUCCCGACCUCCAGCCCGUCUUCGCCAACAUGUUCCCUACCGACAACCCACGCAACACGCGUUUCGCCAUCAACUACUUUACGCAGAUUGGUCUCGGUGCGAUCACGGAGGACAUGCGUACGUGGCUGCAGAACGCGCCCAAGCUGCUGGCAGCCCAGCACGCGGCGGCGCAGGACAGCUCAGACUCGGACUCGUCGUCCGACCUGUCGUCGGACCUCUCGAGCUCGGACAGCAGCUCGGACUACAGCUCGGACGAUUCGCGCUACCGCCGUCGCCGCUCGCCUCCCCGUCGCCGCAGGUACUCGGACGAAUCGGACUCGCGCUCCCCGCCCCCUCGCCGCCGGAGGUACUCUGACGAGUCGGACUCUCGGUCGCCAUCACCGCCCCCGAGGCGCCGCGACGACUCGCCCCGUAAGCGGACAGCGACCGAGUCGCCGAGGAAGCGUAGCCCUUCGCCUCGCCGCGGCGCAAGGGAUGACUCGAGGACGCCACCGCGCCGUCGCGACGACAGCCCUCCCGCUCGUCGUCGUGACGACACUCCCCCCCGCCGCCGUGACGACAGCCCCCCUCCCCGUCGCCGUGACGACUCUCCUCCUCCCCGCCGCCGUGAUGACAGCCCCCCUCCCCGUCGUCGCGACGACUCUCCUCCUCCCCGUCGCCGCAAUGACAGCCCUCCCCCUCGUCGCCGCGCUGACUCUCCUCCCCGCCGUCGCGAUGACACUCCCCCUCGCCGCCGCGACGACAGCCCUCCCCCCCGCCGUCGCGAGAGCCCUCCCCCACCCCGCGCUCGAGAGCAGAGCCCGCCCCGUGCCGCGGCGCCUCCAGUGCACCCCAGUCGCAUGGCACAGGUCCCAGUGCAUCCCAGCCGCCUGGCUCAGGUGCCCGGUGCCGGACCUGGCGCGCGCCGCGACCCUCCCCCUCAUCAACGUCGCUCGCCACCGCGCCGCCGAUUCGACGACGACCGCUCGCCUCCCAGGCGGCGGUUUGACGACGGCGGGCGUGACCGUCGCUAA